GUGGAGGGGACUAAUCUGAGGUUGAGGGAAGAGACCCAGACUCCGGCGAAGCUAAUGGGACCUGGGUAUGUCGCUUCUUCUCAACUUCAAGCAAGACCUUAUUGAUCCUUCAAACUGGCUCUCCUCUUGGACUGUUGAUGGGGAUUGCUGUCACUGGCUUGGUGUUGUCUGCCACAACCUCACUGCUCACAUACAUCAACUCCAUCUCAGAAGCUUCCCUCCUAUUUGGGAUGAUUCAAUGAGUCAAGAACAAAAUGAUGCUAAAUAUGAAGCUUAUUGGCGGUCAAGGUUUGGUGGUAAGCUAAAUCUUUCUUUGCUUAAUUUGAAGCAUUUGAAUUACUUUGACCUCAGCUUCAAUAAUUUCUCAGCUUCUCCUAUUCUCGAAUUUCUUGGUUCAAUGAAGAGUUUAACAUCUCUUAAUCUCUCUAAUGCGGGAUCUGUGGGACUCAUACCUCAUCAACUUGGAAAUCUCUCCAAUUUGCUCUAUCUUAAUCUUGAAGGCUAUGGAUCUAAUGAUUUAAAUGUGAAUAACUUUCAAUGGCUUUCUGGUCUUCCUUUGCUACAACAUCUCGAUAUGAGUUAUGUUAAUCUUAGUAAGGCCUCUGAUUGGCUACAACUCACAAACACACUCUCUUCCUUGUCAAAGCUACGAUUGAUAGCUUGCCAACUUUGUCUCAUUCCACCAACACUCACUGUUAACUUUUCAUCUCUCCUCACCCUCGAUCUUUUAGGGAACCAAUUUGAAAACACUUUGAUCCUAUCAUGGAUUUUUGGUCUUUGUAAUCCUGUUUCUCUUGAUCUAUCUGACAAUUACUUUCAAAGUCUAAUCCCUGUUGAUCUCCAAAACAUUACUUCUCUUAGUCCCCUCGAUCUAUCUUUGAACAAUUUCAACUCUUCAAUUCCCAAUUAGUUGUAUAGUUUUAGUCGUCUUGAGUUUCUUAACCUUCGCUUCAGUAAUUUGCAGGGUACAAUCUCCAGUGCCAUUGGAAACCUAAUAUCUGCCAUUAGUAUUGACUUAUCAAGAAAUGAACUUAGAGGAAAGUUGUCAAGAUCGUUGGGUAAUCUCUGUAACUUAAGGGAAAUCAAAUUGUCAUACAACAAAUGGAGUCAAGAGAUAUUUGAAAUCUUAGAAAGAUUAUCAAGGUGUCUUCCAUAUUGACUAGAGAUCUUAGACUUAAGUAAUUCUCAACUUCAUGGUCAUUUGACGGAUGAACUUGGGGUAUUUAAAAAUCUAGUCAAACUUUCUUUCCAGUAUAAUUCAAUUUUGGGCCCAAUUCCUGUGUCUUUAGCAAAUCUUUCAUCUUUGACAUACCUGGAUUUUUCAAACAAUCUAUUCAACGGAACUCUCCCUCAAAUUUUUGGACAAUAGAAAAAUCUAGCCAGUCUUGAUUUUUGGAAUAAUUCAAUUUCGGGUCCACUUCCAGUGUCUUUUGAAAAUCUUCAAUCUUUGACAUACUUGGAUCUUAGGAAUAAUCAAUUCAAUGGAACUCUCCCUCAAAAUUUUGGACAGCUUCCCAAACUUGAGACUUUAUAUAUUGGUUCUAAUAUGUUGAAAGGUGUGGUGUCUGAAGUUCAUUUCUUCAAUUUAACCACUUUGAGGAUACUUUAUGCAUCUAGAAACCAAUUGACUCUAAAAGCAAGUCAAAAUUGGAUUCCUCAUUUUCAGCUUGAGUUUUUAUCCUUGCAAUCAUGGAAUUUAAGGCCAAAAUUUCCCCCAUGGAUGGUGGAAUACUGCCACUAAAAUUGUUGUUCCCCAAACUCAAGACCCCCAAGUAGUUCCAUUUCAUCAAACAAUCAGGUAUUAUUCUUGAUAAAUGAUUUUUGUCAAGAUUGAGAUAUCCUAGGUAUUUUUGCUCAUUCAUUCUAAAAUACAAAAAGUGAGAAAUGGAUCUAGAGAAUGAAUUGUUAGAAAGAUCUAGCACAUACACAUCAGAGGAUAUAUAAGGUAGGGGACCUUUGAAAUGGUUUGAACUUAAAUCAAUCAUUGAAGCAGACAAAAUCAUGGGAAUUUCUCCAUGGAUUAGAUUGUGGAAGAGAUUUAAAAUUUGGAACUGAGAAGACAAGUUCCAAAAUGAAGGAGAUGCCUUUGUGAGCAAAGCCAUUGGGGAAAUUUUGGCCCUAAAUUCCAUGAUGGCAAGGAUAAAGACUCAAGCUGAAAAGGAGGAAUCCAAUUUUGACUUGCUUUUAAAGUCAAUUGGUUUCCAGAUGCAGAAAGUGUCCUCAAACUGGUUAAAUUGGAAAAAUGAACUUCAGACACGACACCUUUCAACAUAUUAGAAUAAUAUAUAAAGUCGCAAGUUUUGAAAGCUGUCCAAAAUUUUGAGGGAAGGUUCCUUCCAAUUGAUUAUUCCCAAGAUUCAAGUAUGUCAAAGAUGAGAGAUUUCCAAAAGAAACCGGAAGUGGACCAGAGAUUGAAUUAUUCUAAAGAACCAGUUCGACUAGAUUUUUCAAUUGUCCAAAAUUCUGAGGGAAAGUUCCAUUGAUAUGAUUGUUUGAAAAAUCUAGGUAUGUCAAAGAUGGAAGAUUUGCUAAAGACAUUGGAAUUGGACCCGAAAUUGAAUUAUCCUAAAAAGAAAGUUUGACAAGAUUUUUAAAUACCCCAAGUUCAUCCGUCAAAUGACCAUGAAGAUGAGAAUGACUUUAAGUCUAAGAUCUCUAGUCUAUCUGAAAGACAUCCUGAUAAACUUUCUAAGAUUUCAGAUGUCUCUUGACUCCAUUUGUUCCAUGACAAUUUGAUUUCCCUUAAGUUACAGAGAUUAUCCAACGAUCUUGGCAACUUUCCUCCAAGUUCAUUUUCUAACAAGUCAAUACUAAUGGCAAAUGUUAGGUUUCCAAUGGCACUGGAGAUUGUACCGUGCAAAUAACUAUCGGCAAGGUUGAGAAACUCAAGACGACUAAAACUAUACAACCGAUUGGGAAUUGGAGAGUUGAAAUUGUUUCCAGAGAGAUCGAGGUGCCCUAAGAGAAGUCAUGUUUUGGUAAUCAACAGGGAUUGGACCUUGAAAGUGAUUGUAAGAUAGAUCAAGAGAAACAAGAUUACGAAGACCAAAGAUCCAUGAUAGGCUCAAGGUGUUUCCAAAUGGGUUCCCAGAAAGAUUGAGGGUGAGGAGAGAUGAAAAGUUAACAGUGGGUGUUGGUGGAAUGAAAGGAAGUUGGGAAAAUGACAAUCGCAUCUCUGACAAGGAAGGGAGUAUGUUUGUGAGUUGUAGCCAAUCAGAGGCUUUGCUAAGAUCUACACCACUCAUAUCGAGAUGUUGUAGCAAAGGAAGACCAGAAAGCUAUUGAAGGCUAUUCAUAUAUAAAUCAACCCAAGGACAUUCAAGAUUGAGAUAGAGCAAUUUGGAGAGAUUUCCAAGUUGAUGAGGUAUGAGUGUCAAAA